GGAGAAGAUGGGUGAACGGUAUUGAGGGGGAUAUAUAUUUGUGAUUGGUCGACACGUUCAGCCUUUCUCAGAUUUGAUCAAAGACCACACGCACGCACACACACACACACACACUAUGGCCCUGCCAACACGGAGGGGCGGGUGGGGGGAUCACAGGACCAGCAAAUUUCGGAGUCAGGAGUAGGAAAAAAGGGAUUGUACUUUUUUCAAUACAAAAUUCAAGAGGAGGAUCACAGGUUUCAGAACGCAAGUUCUGCGGAUUGGAAAACAGGGGGGCGGACAGGCGGGUGAGAUGGGUGACAUCCACGCAACACAAGAGUUGUCAACAACAAACAUCAAGGGAACCGAGCCGAGUUUACAAGGGCGUUUAUCUGAGCAAGUGUCAUAGAGCAUCUGUUGGUUUUGUAUUUGGUCAUUCUUGUUCUUUCAAACAGUGUUCUUUUUGUUGUCACUGCCUUGCAGCAGCUCGCGACCGUCAUAACAUCACAAUCCCCCCCCCCCCAUACAUUUCUUAUCCACCGGAGCUUAUUUUGUUUGGGCCAAGAAGUAUCUUCUUCCAUCUUUUCUUUUCUCCUUUUUAAUUCCUUUGAUGGCUCACCCUUGGAUGCGAGAUGGUCUUGACCCGCGAUGAUUGACCAGUCAAAACCGGGUUGGACCUUUUCGCUCUUGGGUACGGCUUUUGGUGGAUUUUUCUUUUUCACUUGUUUCAUCUUUUCUCUUUCUUCUUCCGGUGCUCAGACCGUCACUACCGAUGGUAUACGGUACGCAUUUUAUGAGAUAUGGAUGACUUUGGGUUUCCUUUAAGGCGAGCGGGCGAAAGCGGGACAUUUUAUUAUAUGAACAACUAUACCCCCACCAUAUCGGGCUUCACACCACCACUCUUCAUCCUCAUGUACCUGGCAAUCUGCUGCAGUUCAGAGAAGCUGGGUUGGAGAGCUGAGAGGGGGCUCGUGUGGUAGUCCUGCUGGUUGAUGAAUUAUCAGGAGAUGAAUUUGAAUUUAUUCUAUUGACAAG